CUUUUGCCGUGCUCUGCUCCAGACCAUCCUUAAAACGAAACGCUCGUGGUCAAGAAAUAUAGAUUAUCGAGUCAAAUUCUUGGAAUUGGCAGCGCCUUUUAUCUCUCAUCAUGGCGUUGCGUCCUUCACAUCGCACGGAUAAUUCUUUUCGUUGUUCGUUGUGUCUGUUUGCGCAAUAGAUAUUUACGCAUACAGUGACACACUUGUAAAACAUAGACCUCAAUGUAGGUAUAUAUGCUAGACGAAUGCAUCCAGAUGCUGCUCUUUAUUAUCGCGCCCCACUCGCGAGACACAUUCAAUAGCCAAUUGCCACUUGGAUAUGCCGGGUAAGGUAUCGAGACUCCUUUACCUUCUCAGUGCUGUCGCUGUAAUCGUUCCGUUACAGUCGGGCGGCGGACAACCGACGCCGAAACGGUACCGCAGUAUUUAUGGCGACGACGUGAGCGGACAUGCGUUGACGAAUAUAUUUGGGCUGGGUGUCGGGGCCCUAAACUUCCUACAGCAGGGCCAACGUUACAUGAGCCAAGAGAUACCGGACACGGUACCGCACGUCGGAGCCACGUACGAUUUCGUGGUAAUUGGCGCCGGCACGGCCGGCGCCACGAUAGCCGCGAGAUUAAGCGAGAUUCGUCAGGUCGAGGUGUUACUGAUCGAAGCUGGAUCUACCGAGAAUUUGCUUAUGGACAUCCCAAUUCUCGUUCACAUGUUGCAGCUGAGCAACGAUAUCAAUUGGAAGUACCGGACCAGAUCGUCGAAAAAAUACUGCCUCGGCAUGGCCGACAACAGGUGCAACUGGCCUAGAGGGAAAGUGAUGGGUGGCAGCAGCGUGCUAAACUACAUGAUCGCAACCAGAGGCGGCGCCGAGGAUUACGACCGAUGGGCUGAGAUGGGAAACGAGGGCUGGGCUUACGAAAACGUUCUCGAAUACUUUAGAAAACUGGAGACAAUCGAUAUCCCAGAGCUGCAGUCGGACGCUAUCUACCAUGGAACCAAAGGACCGUUGCACAUCUCUUAUCCGUUAUUCCACACGCAAUUGGCAGAGGCCUUCCUAGAAGCUGGUAAGGAGCUCGGAUACCCGCUGUUGGAUUAUAACGGGAGAAAUAUGAUAGGAUUCUCGUAUGUACAGAGCACGAUUAUGAAUGGCACCCGUAUGAGCAGCAACAGAGCCUACCUACACCCCGCGAAAAAUCGCCGAAAUCUUCACGUGACACGCGAGAGCACGGUGAGAAAAGUGCUGAUUGAUCGUCGCGCGAAUCGGGCGAUCGGCGUUGAGUUUGUCAAACAUGAUCGACUUAUCCGCGUGUUUGCCAACAAAGAGGUGAUUUUGUGUGCGGGCUCCAUCGGAUCGCCUCAAUUACUGAUGCUAUCUGGCAUCGGACCGGCCAAGCAUCUUAACGAGCUCGGCAUAAACGUCGUCCGGGACUCGCCGGUUGGCGAAAAUCUAAUGGAUCACGUAGCUUUUGGCGGAUUAACAUGGACAGUGAACGAUCCGAUAUCUUUGAAUCUAUUCGACAUUAUUAAUCCCACUUCUCCGUAUAUAAAGGACUUUCUGAUAGAGCGCGCGGGACCACUCACGGUUCCAGGUGCGUGCGAAGCCCUCGCUUUCAUCGACACCAAACAUCCAAAGAGACGUGACGGUUUACCGGACAUCGAACUGUUAUUUAUCGGUGGUGGAUUUAAAGGAGAUAUUAUUUUUCCGACUAUAAUGGGUUUCAAUGAUCGAAUGCGUCAGAUAUGGCACAAAUACAACAGUAAUCACGGCUGGAGCAUACUACCGAUGCUGUUGAAGCCAAAAAGUCGUGGUCGGAUAAGACUAGUGGCCAAUGACAUUAACGUUAAACCCGAAAUCGUGCCGAAUUAUUUCGACCAUCCGAAAGAUGUCGAGACAAUGAUUGCCGGCAUUAAAGCUGCGAUAAGCGUCGGUCGGACGAAAGAGAUGCAGAAGUUUGGUUCACGAUUGUCGAACGAUACUCUUCCCGGAUGCGAAAACUACGAGUAUGAUUCUUAUGCUUAUUGGGAAUGCGCGAUAAGGACGGCGUCUAUUACCAUCUAUCACUAUUCUGGUACUUGUAAGAUGGGACCGAGAGACGACCCGACCGCUGUCGUCGAUCCUAAAUUAAAGGUGAUUGGCAUUCAAGGACUACGAGUAGCAGAUGGUUCCAUCAUGCCCGAGAUUAUAUCGGCCCACACCAACGUACCUAUUUAUAUGAUUGCCGAGAAACUGGCCGAUAUGAUAAAGGAAGAAUGGGGAUACGCGGACAAGUCACGAAUGUGAUGUUUAUCCAAAGUGUCAACUGAUGUGGCAUACACCAUGCUCUUCAAAUGUCCUCAUAAAUAAAAGUCUAACGGAUUUAAAUCCGGUGAGAGAGGUGGCCAUGUAACUGCGGACCACCGUAUCUACUUUUCUUGAAAACACGUGCUUACAUAAAUAUUGUCUGACAAUCAUGAGAAAAUGCGCAAGGGCACCAUCCUGUGCAUAAACCACAUUUUUUGUCUACGUAGAAGAGGACGAUCUUCCAAAAGUUCGACGAUGUUCCGUCGUCGUCAACCUUAGAAGCUCGUGAAAGACGCAUAUACGAACGUCGCAUGUAAAUACGUUACACAAAGCAUACUCGUGAAACAAACAGAGAAUACAUUGAAUGCUUUAUAACACGGAAAUAAAUGAUUUUUGAAGUAA